AUGCCCCCAAUCCCCAUCCACAAAAACGCGCCCAUCGCGCCCACCACCGCCGCAAAACCCGACGGCACCACUCCUUCAACCGCAUCUUCAGACCCCGACAACGCCUCCAACCCCCCUCCCACACGCACAACGCCCGCCUACGCCCCCGCCACAACAACACAAGAUGCAUCGUCGAACCCACCCGCUCCACAGCCCGGCGCCCGUCCCGCCGCACCAACAGGUUCAGUCGGAAUGACAGAAGGAAACGACCGAUACACACCAGCAGCGCCGCAAGCAGGCGCCGUCCCAACAGCAACGGUUAUAACGACGGAGACACGGCAAGCACCGCCACCGCCGCAGUUCAGUCAUCCUCCGCCUUCAGACUCCAUGUUGGCGGGGAGGUCGACAAUCACGUCUACUACGCCUUCUGCUGCUGCUAGUAAGCCCGGUCCUACGACGCUCAACUACGGCCCUGCUGCGUCGCCGUUCCAAACGGCUGAUCAAGCGCAGCCGACGAGGACGAGCUUGGAACAUCCGCCGGGCUAUGUUCAGGCGAUGGAUAAUGCACCGUAUACCGCUGGAGGAGGCAUUGGUGGGUCGAGCGGAGCGGGAGACAACGAGGGCGAGGGCGUUGGGGCGCAGGCGUGGAGCAUGCUGAACAAGGCGGGUGAGGCACUGAAGAAGGGCGAGGAGAGCGUGUGGAGGGCUGUUCAGGGUAAAAAUGGCGGCGGGUUCUGA